CUUGCCCUAACAUUUCGUUUCUUCGAUAAACCUUUUUCUAUCGUUUUCUAAUUUCCAAUUUCAAUUCCAUUGUUUUUUACUAGUCAUUCAUGGACGCUUUAUCAGCGGUUUCUGCGGCCCGUCUGUCCCACCUGCCUGUAACCGCAGCCGAGUUUCUCACCGACAGCCUCCUCCUCACCGGCUCUGGCACCGCGCUCACCAUCUACAACACGCACACACACACAGUCCAAUCCAAGCUCAUUCGGGCGCUUCCCAGCUUCCAGCGCAUCCACGGAAUUAUUGUCCAGAAGAGAGGAUCCCCGCACACAACACAUCCCACUGUGCUCGUGUUCGGAUCCAAAUCAUGGUCUGUUAUUACAGUGGGCACAGCAGAUGGUUCGGCGGCGAUUGUGCAGUCGCAGCAUACGAUGCAUGAUUGGAUCAAGGCCGCGCACUGGGUGUUGGAUGAGGCGAGCGGCAGGUGGCUGGUGGCUUUGGCGUUUGCACAUAAUGACGUUGUAGUGUACGAUCCGGAAUCGGGCGCAGAGGAGUGGCGGGCACAGUGCGAGGAGCACUGCAUUUUGUACGCGGCAGCACUUUAUGGCCGCACUGUAGCUGAGAUGCAAGUGGCUUCAGGAACUGUGUUUAACCAGGUUCUCAUCUGGAAGCCUCAGUGGAUUACUAGCAGCAGCAGCAGCAGCGGGGCAUCGACAGACUCGCCGGUGAUCUGGAGACUGCGUGGCCAUGAGGGCGUGGUCUUUGGCCUGUGCUUUAGCCACGACAGCCGCCGCAUAGCGUCGGUAUCGGACGACCGCACGGUGCGGCUCUGGGACCUCGAAAACGGCACAGCCGUGUCCGCGCUGUUCGGCCACCAGGCACGCAUAUGGACAUGCCUCCUGCUGGACCACCUGAUUGUCAGCGCCUCGGAGGACGGCACAUGCCGGGUCUGGUCCAAUCAAGGCAUCUUGGUAGAUGCGUGGACGCAGGCGAAGAAGAACGUCUGGGCGCUGGCCACCAAUCCGUCGCAGACCCUGGUGGCGUCGGGCGCGGCCGAUGGCUCAGUGCGCAUCUGGCGUGUUUGCGAGGCUGGCGGACGGCUCAUUGAUGCCGAUGGACUUUUUGCAGAGCCGAUGCCUGCGCAGGAGGAGUAUCUUGCAGGCGCGCGAGCCACCGAGCAUAUCCGCGGUUUGGCGCUGCUCGGCGGCAGCGGCGGUCUUUUGGCUGUCAUGGACUCUGGGUGUGUGCUGCGCAAGGAUGCCGGAGCUGGUUGGCGCGUGUGGGCGCGCGUACCCGAGGGAUAUGCCAUGGUUGCUGGCUCGGUCUCGGGCCAAUUGGCAGCUGUGGGCCAGCGCGAUGGCUGCGUUAUGCUGGUCUGCCCGGCAUGGGGGGAUUCCCCGCGGGUCGCUCGGCUGCACUCCUCUGCCGUGCGCCAUUUAACCAUUGUUGCCCCGCCUGUGAAUGAGCUAGGCGAUGAUCUUUAUGAUCUGAUCACGGUUGAUUCCAACCAUCAGGCCGUUUGGUCGCGCGUCAGACUUGGCGGUGGCCAGCCCGCAUGGUCUGUUGUGGCGACAUUCGGGAUGCCUGAGAAUGCUGACUUUUCCGCUGCCGCUGUUAGCCUUGCACUGGGCUGGGCCGCCGUUGGGUCGGCCAAGGGCGCGCUGUACAUUUACGAUGUGCCCACGGAUUUGAUUGAGUGCCCUGUUGACGAGUAUGACGUGGACCGCAAUGGCGUUGCGCACCUGGAUGUUGCCGUCUGCUGGGCAUCCGCUCAUGACAAAUUCACUGUAUCAUCGCUGCUCAUCCAUCAGCUGCCGCCCUCAGCUAAUGAUAAUUGUGAUUAUGGUGAUGACCAGGGUGCCCGCAAGCGUUGCGUUCUGGUAACAGGCGGCCGCGACGGCAUGAUGCAGCGCUUUGUCCUGGAGAUUGCACACACAGUGCGUACUUCCGGAGACUCAAAGCACGAGCGCACCGGCCCAUUGGCUAACCAGCCUGACAACGACCAGAACCGCCGCACUGCUGUCGUGAGUCGUAUUUCUAGCCAACGGCUGACAGCCGGGUGGGUCGAGCAGCUGGUCCUGUUCGGCGCCAACGAGAUACAUGCAGUGACGUUCUACCGCAAACACAUGGAUCUAAUUGACCCCAAUGGCCUCAAGCUAUUGUCCAUAGCGUGCGCCGGCGGCAACAAGCAAUGGCACUUGACGCGCACUUCAGAAAACCAUAUCCGCUGUGCAUUCCUCAAAAAAUUGCAGCUGCUCACAUACAAGCUGCUGCCGCCCCCUAACCACACCCUUGCGGAUUGCAGCAGCUGCUAUUUGACCCCAGGCAUUUCGUCUCUGGAUAUCCGCAGCAUCACAGCCAUGGGUAAUCUCAUAGCAUUGGGCGGCGAGGACUGCGUUGUGCGUGUCUAUGAGUACGCCAAUAAUGCACUGCACUUGAGGGCGCAGGCGAGGAGGCAUGGGUCGGCUAUAAGAUGCGUUACUUUCGUCACCCCUCACUGCUUGCUGUCCGCCGGCGGAAACAGCGAGCUGCGCUGUUGGAGCCUGGACGGCAGCAGCCUGUUGGAGAGCGCUGUGGCGCCCACCGAGUCCUCCGAUUCGCUGCGCAUCAUGCAGCUCACCCUAAUACCCCAUGGAAACCACUCGGAGUAUACACUGGUCGCGGCCGCAUACUCUGACGCCUCCAUUCGGCUGUGGAAGCUUGACCCCCUCAAUGGGUUCACUUGUGUGGCUUCGGAUAAGCAGCACACCCAUGCGCAUUGCGUUCUGUCACUUGCUGUGCUUUCAUAUGGUGACUCCACGGUGUUGCUGAGCGGGGCGACAGACGGACAAGUGAUCCUAUGGGAUGUUUCUGUAUACACGCGGCCCACUCCCUCUUUGUCGCGCACGGGUGAUUUGGGCCCACCCAUAUGUGUUCUUCCGGGUAUUCACCAAUCAGGCGUCAACACCAUUGAUGUCAAGCACUUGGCGGACUCGCGUGCGCUGUUGGCCAGCGGCGGUGAUGACAACAGCCUGACUGUGUGUGAGCUGGACCUUAGUAUCACUGGGUUGAAUGUGGAUGAAAAUGUGGAUGUGGUUGUGAGAAGAGCAACAUAUGCUUGCGCGCAUGCGUCGUCGGUGCAGGGGGUUGCGUUUAUGAGUGAUGGAGGCGUGUGCUCGGUGGCGACAGACCAAAGAGUGGCAAAGUGGGCGGUUUCUGUGGAUAGAGAGGAGCUGUCUAUUGAGUUGGAGGAUAUGGGCUUUACGCAGGUUGCGGAUCCGUCUGCAAUGAGCGUUGUGCGGUUGGACAAUGUGGAUGUGUGUCUGGUUGCUGGGAUUGGUAUAGAAGCCAUAGAUAUUUGAAUUAUUUAUUAAUACAUUUCUUUUAUUUUC